CUGCCGGAGUGAAUAAUCAGUGUUCGCGUUAGGGAUUCAUUUUAUUUCAGCCGCCACUUCUCCGCCGUCUUCUCCGCCGGCGCUCAUCAUCCUACACCUGUUCUGAUUCCUGCCUUUGUUGAUUUCGCCUACAAAAGCAAGUCUCUCUUUGUUCAUCCAAAAACGUGCAGAUUUUUCUUACGGUGUCUUAUAAUGGCGUCAUCGAUGAAAUUCACAGAUUGUUCCCCUUCCGCCAUUGUUCGUCUUGUUCCCACUACUCGAACCAGGCUUCGAAGCUCCGAUAGCGCUGUUCUCUUUCACCGUGUUCUUGGCCGUUCCUGUCCUGCGUAUCCUAGAACUUUUGUUUCUCGAUCUUCAAUUUCAACUUUGCCCGUCAUCUCCGCUUCAAUCUCGACCGAGGCAACUGCACAAGUUAUUGAUGGAAAAUUGGUGGCGAAGCAGAUAAGAGAGGAGAUUACUGCUGAAGUAUCUCGAAUGAAGGAUGCCAUUGGUGUUGUUCCGGGAUUAGCAGUCAUCCUUGUUGGAGAUAGGAAGGAUUCUGCAACAUAUGUACGAAACAAGAAAAAAGCUUGUGAAUCUGUGGGUAUUAAAUCCUUUGAAGUAAACUUGCCUGAAAAUGCUACCGAGCAAGAAGUGCUCAAGCACAUAUCCGACUUCAAUGAUGAUCCAUCUGUCCAUGGCAUCCUUGUUCAAUUACCUUUGCCUAAGCACAUGAAUGAACAGAAUGUAUUACAUGCUGUUAGCAUUGAAAAAGACGUAGAUGGAUUCCACCCAUUGAACAUUGGUCGUCUUGCAAUGAGAGGUGAAGAACCGUUGUUUGUUCCAUGCACACCAAAAGGGUGUAUUGAAUUGCUGCAUAGAUACAACAUUAGUAUCAAAGGAAAGAGAGCUGUUGUAAUCGGUAGAAGCAAUAUUGUAGGAACUCCAGCUGCUCUUUUGCUUCAACGAGAAGAUGCGACCGUUAGCGUAGUUCAUUCAAGGACCAAGGACCCCGAAGAGUUAACAAGACAAGCUGAUAUUAUCAUCUCAGCAGUUGGCAAAGCUAAUAUGGUUGAGGGAAGUUGGAUAAAGCCUGGUGCGGUAAUUAUCGAUGUUGGAAUUAAUCCAGUAGAGGAUGCAAGUAGUCCUCGUGGAUAUCGACUCGUAGGGGAUGUCUGUUAUGAGGAGGCCAGCAAAAUUGCUUCGGCUAUUACUCCUGUACCCGGGGGAGUCGGGCCAAUGACGAUAGCAAUGCUCCUCUCGAACACGCUCACAGCAGCAAAGAGAACACACAACUUCCAGUGAAAUUUACCUAAAAAGCUUUCCUUUAGCAAAGGACCAAGCUGUUAAAUAACCCCAUGUGUGAGCACACAUCUUCUCAAGUCAUUACAACUUAUCUUCUUUUGAGUGAAUGAAUGACUUGUGGAGAUUGAACCUUGUAUUUGUUGGAUCUUUUCUAUAUGCUGAAUAAUCACAGGGGAUACACAUUUUGUUGUUGCA